GGGCGUUCGCGCGGCGGCGCGGCGCGAGGAUGCUCCGCUCCACCAAAGGCGCCUCCAAGGCGCGGCGGGACCAGAUCAACGCCGAGAUCCGCGCCCUGCGGGACCUCCUGCCGCUGCCCGACGGCGACCGCCCGCGCCUCUCCUACCUGCACGUCAUGGCCCUCGCCUGCAUCUACACCCGCAAGGGAGCCUGCCUCCGGCCCGGUGCGUGCGCGGGGAGAGCGGAGGGAGGGAGAGGACCGACACGGGGGGCACCCAUGGAGCUGCUGGGGGGGCCGGAGCUGGCUGACCUGGUGGCAUCACUGCCCGGGUUCCUGUUGGCUGUCACCCGCGAGGGGAAGUUGGUUGGUGUCACCGACAACGUCGCACAGCACCUGGGGCACUCAAUGGUGGACCUGGUGGCUCAGGGUGACAGCAUCUACGACCUGUUGGACCCGGCCGAUCACCCCCUGGUGCGACAUCAGCUCACCCAGGCUGGGCCCCCCCAGGCAGAGCGCCUCUUCCGCUGCCGCUUCACCACCUCGCGGGCCUCGCGCCGCCCCAGCGCCGGGCGGAAGCUGGUGCUGCUGCGGGGCCGCUUCCAGGCCCCCCCCGGCCCCCCUGGCUCCUCCCCGGGGCUCUUUGUCGCCUUCUGCGCCCCCCUGGACCCCCCGCCCUGGCCCUGCCCCGAUUGCCUCCUGCUGCCGGCGUUCCAGAGCCGCCAUGCGCGCGACCUCGCGUUGCUCGAUGUCUCCGACAGUGUCCUGAUCCACCUGGGCUACGGGCGUGGGGAGCUCCUGGGUCGCUCCUGGUACCGGCUCCUGCACCCCGAGGACCUCGGCCAUGUUGCGCGCCAGCACCUCCGCCUGGCAGGAGCAGGGCCAGAGGCACGGGGGGAGCUGGUGACACGGCUGCAGCGCAAGGAUGGCCUGGGCUGGACGUGGGUCUAUGCCCGGCUGCGCCCCGAGGGCCCGGCUCUGCUCGCCCACAACUUCAUCAUCAGUGAGGCUGAAGCCUGGUGCCUGCGGCAGCAGUUGGCAGCUGAGGCCCCCCCGGACCCUCCUGAGCCCUUUGGCCCCAGCCUUGAGUUCCCUGGGGCCAGCAUUGGAGCUGGUGGGGACCUUGGUGUCGGCGCUGGCCCCGCUGUUGGCCUCGGUGUUGGUGCUGGUGUUGGAUCCGGUGUUGACCUCGGUGUUGGAGCUGGGCUUGGAGACGACGUUGGAGUUAACGUUGGCGUCAGCCUCGGCCUUGGCGUCAAUGUUGGAUGUGGCCUUGGAGCUGAUGUUGGACAUGGUCUUGGAGCUGGCUUGGGAGCCAACGUUGACCCUGGUCUUGGAGCUGGUGUUGGACCUGGUCUCGAUGCCAACAUGGGACCUGGUCUUGGAGCCGCCAUUGGACAUGGUCUUGGAGGCAACGUUGGAGCCAACAUUGACCCCGGUCUUGGAGCUGGUGUCGGAGUGAACGUUGGACACGGCCUCAGAGACAGCAUUGGACAAGCUCUUGGCUCUGAUAUCGGUGCUGGAGUUGGCAUCGGCGUCGGAGCCGGCAUCAGAGUCGACGUUGGCCUCGGCGUGGCAGCCGGCCCCAGCCCCGAUGUUGGCUCCAACCUUGGGGCAGAUAUUGGAGCUGCUCUCGGAGCUGGAGCCGGAGAUGAUGUUGGAGCUGGUCUCCAAGCCAAUGGUGGAGCUGGCGUUGGCUCCAGUCUCGGAGCCGGUGUUGCGCUCAGUGUCGGGGCCAACAUCGGGCCUGGCCUUGGUGGUGGUGUCAGAGCCAGCGUUGGGCUUGGCAUUGGGGCUCUUGGCCCUGCUCUUCCAUCUGAUGUCGGUGCUGGUGUUGGACUCACCGUCGGAGCCAGCGUUGGAACCAAUGUAGGUGGUGGAGUCAGCGCUGGAGUUGGACUUGGUCUUGGAGCCAAUAUUGGAGCCAACGCUGGCUCCAGUCUUGGAUCCACUGUUGGACUUGGACUUGGAGCUGCUCUAGGAGCCAGUGUUGGCUCCACUCUUCCAUCUGGUGUGGGACCUGGCGUUGGCCUUGCCGUUGGAGCUGCUGUUGGAGCCAAUGUUAGCUCUGGUCUUGGAUCCAGUGUUGGACUUGCUGUUGGAGCCGGUGUUGGAGCCAAUGUCGGUGCUGCUCUUGGAUCCGAUAUUGACAUUGGCAUUGGACUUGGUGUUGGAGCCAACGUUGGCACUGCUCUUGCAUCGGAUGUUGGAUCUGGUGUUGGACUUGGCAUUGGAGCUGCUGUUGGAGCCAACAUCGGUGCCGGCGUUGGCUCCACUCUUGGAUCUGGCGUUGGACUUGGCCUUGGAGCCAAUGUUGGUUCCAGCAUCGGCUCCGCUCCUGGAUCUGAUGUUGGUGCCAGUGUUGGACUCACAGUUGGAGCUGGCGUUGGAGCCACCGGUGGCUCCAGUCUUGGAUCUGCCCUUGGAUUUGCCGUUGGAGCUGCACUGGGAGCCAACGUCUGCUCCGGGCUUGGACCCGACGUUGGUGCCAGUGUUGGACUCAGCCUUGGAGCCAACAUUGGAGCCAACAUUGACUCUGCUCUUGGAACCAGCAUUGACACUGGCAUUGGACUCAGUGCUGGAGCCAGUAUUGGACCUGCCAUUGGAUCCAGUGUCGGACUUGGUGCUGGAGCUGCCAUAGGAGCCAACGCUGGCUCCGCUCGUGGAUCCUCCAUCGGCCUUGGCCUUGGGGCCAGCGUUGACCCCGCUCUUGGACCUGGCAUUGGCCUCGGAGCCGCCAUUGGAGCCAACAUCGGCACCGGCCUCGGCCUUGGCCCCAGCCUGGCCGUGGGCGCCCGCCUUGCACCAGGCCUAGGGGUCCCCGAGACCCCGGGGGGGGGCACCGAGACCUGGACCCCCCCCUACACCCCCCGGCAAGCGCCACCCUUCGCCUUCGGCCCCCCGGAGCCACCCGAGGCUGCCCCCGAGAAGCUGCCGCCGAGUCCUGAGAGCCCCGGGGGGGGCCCGGGGGGGGACCCCGGCUCCCUCCUCACCCCCGAGACGUCCCCCCCACCACCGCCCCCCCCGGCCGCCCCCCCCGGCCCCGUCCUGCGCCGCCUGCUCCAGGGCCUGGCCGCUGCCGCUGGCGUCAGCCGUGGGGGGACCCGGCACCCAGGGGGCCCCCCCGGCCCCCGACCCCCCCCACCCCGGUCGCCCCGCGACCCCUUCGCUGAGUUGUAUCAACUCCCCCAGAGCCGGCUCCAGGACGCCUUCCGCCAAGCCGGAAGCCAGCGCGCCCCGUCGUUCUGAACUAAGUCUGUGACGCGACUUGCCCCCAGUAUGGCAUAUUGUCAUUGUCACCCCGGCCCGGAGCCACCGUCCCCCCGGCCCCGGCCGCCCCCCCGCCCCCCGCCGCCCCCCCCCGGGGCCUUUCGUGCUAAUUUAACUCGUAACGAGUCUCUAAGGUAAUUGGGGGGGGGCUGGUGGCCCCCCCCCCCCCCCCCAGCCUGGACGCCUGGGUCCCAUGUCCCCAUGUCCCUGUCCCCAGCCCCACUGCGGGACCGGUCCCCAAAUCUUGUCAGUGGGUGGCUUGGACCCACCUGUAGGAGCCUGUGCCCCCCCCCAUCCCCAAUGUCCCUGUCCCUUGUCACCCACCCCGUCCCUGUCCUUGUCAUCCCCCCGUCCCCACCUUGGGGUCUGCGUUUUUGGCAGAGUACCCCCAAAAGUGUGUGCUCCCCCCCCCCCCAUGGGUGUCAUCCCCAAUGUCCCCAAGCCAAGGGACCGAGGCACGAUGUGGCUUGAUGUCCCCAAUGUCCCCGACCCGAGUGAUGGAGACCUCGUGGCUCAGUGUCCCGAUGUCCCCAACGUUCCCAACUCAAGGGGCUGAGGCACAAUGUGGCUCAAUGUCCCCAGUGUCCCCAACCCAAGGCAUGGAGACACACCAUGACCCAGUGUCCCCAAUGUCCCCAACCUGGGGGACGUGGGCACCCGCUGCCCCAAGCCAUUGGGCUGGGAGAGGUCAUGGCUCGAUGUUCCCCAUGUCCCAAAGUCCCCCAAGGGACUGUGAGAUGUCCCCAGUUUGAGGGACUGAGACACAUCGUGGCUCAGUGUCCCCAAUGGCCCCCACAUCCCCAGUGCCCCUGACAUCCCCAGUGUCCCCACUGUCCCCCACAUCCUCGAUGUCCCCAACGUCCCCCACCCAAGACACCGAGAUACGUCGCAGCGCGAUGUCACCGAGCCCGAGGGACUGAGACUCGUCACAACUCGACGUCCCCAACGUCCCUGAGGGACACGGGCACCUCGUCACCGCUGUGACCCAAGUGUCCCCCAAGUGUCCCCAAAGGAUGCGGACACCACCAAAAGGACUGAGACUGUCGCACCUCUUCGUCGCCUCAAGCUGGAGGGACCGAGACACCUUGUGGCUUGAUGUCCCCAGUGUCCCCAAGGGACGUGGGACCUUGUUGUCACCCUGGAGCAAUGGACUGAGACACAUCGUGGUCUGAUGUCCCCAAUGUCCCCAAUGUCCCCAACCCCAAGGACUGAGAUCUGUCGUAGCCCAAUUGUCCCCCACGUCUCCGAUGUCCCCGAAGGAUGUGGGGCAUUGUCAUCACCUUGACUCAAGGGACUGAGACCCCGAUGUCCCCAACGUCCCCACCGCGAGGGACUGGCUCCCAUUGUCCCCCCAACAUCCCCUGGAGGCCCCGUGGCCCUGACACCCCCUUGGAAAUAAAGCGGC